AUGUCCAACGACACCUAUGCCACCCCGCUGUCGUCGCGGUACGCGUCCAAGGAGAUGUCGCAGAUCUUCUCUCUGCGCAACAGGUUCUCCACGUGGAGAAAGCUGUGGUACAACUUGGCAAUUGCCGAGAAAUCGCUCGGGCUUUCUGUCGUCACCGACGAAGCUAUCGAGCAGAUGUCCAAACACCUCGAAAUCACCGACGAGGAGAUUGAGGCCGCCAAAAAGGAAGAGGCCAUUGUCAGACACGACGUGAUGGCCCACGUCCACGUUUUCGGCGAAACGUGUCCUGCCGCCGCCGGAAUCAUCCAUUUGGGAGCCACGUCGUGCUACGUUACAGACAACGCGGAUCUGAUUUUUCUCAGGGACGCGUACGACGUUCUAAUCCCCAAGCUUGUGAACGUUAUCAACAGACUGGCCAAGUUUGCUCUGGAGUACAAAGACCUGCCAGUGCUUGGUUGGACCCAUUUCCAGCCCGCUCAGCUGACGACUGUCGGGAAAAGAGCAACUCUGUGGCUACAAGAGCUGCUCUGGGACCUCAGAAACAUGCAGCGUGCCAGAGACGACAUCGGACUGCGUGGAGUCAAGGGAACCACCGGUACACAGGCCUCUUUCCUGUCUCUUUUCCACGGAGACCAUGACAAGGUCGAGGCCUUGGACGAAAAGGUGGUGGAGCUACUAGGAUUCGAGUACGCGUACCCUUGCACGGGGCAGACCUACUCACGUAAAAUCGACAUCGACGCCUUGCACCCACUGUCGUCUUUGGGCGCCUCGUGCCACAAGAUGGCCACCGAUAUAAGAUUGCUGGCCAACCUCAAAGAGAUGGAAGAGCCGUUUGAAAAAAGCCAGAUCGGGUCGUCUGCCAUGGCCUACAAACGGAAUCCAAUGAGAUGCGAGCGUGUGUGUUCGCUGUCGCGUCACUUGGGUUCUUUGUACCAGGACGCGUUCCAGACGGCGUCCGUGCAGUGGUUUGAGAGAACGCUGGACGACUCUGCCAUCAGAAGAAUCUCAAUUCCAGAGGCUUUCUUGACGGCAGACAUUUUGCUUUCGACGCUGCUGAAUAUUACUUCCGGCCUGGUGGUGUACCCGAAAGUGAUUGAGCGCCGUAUCAAGGCAGAGCUGCCGUUCAUGGCGACCGAGAACAUCAUCAUGGCGAUGGUGGAGCAGGGUGCUUCGCGGCAGGAGUGCCACGAGGAGAUCCGUGUGCUGUCGCACCAGGCGUCGGCGGUGGUCAAGCAGGAGGGCGGCGACAACGACCUGAUUGAGAGAAUUAAGAGCACAGACUACUUCAAGCCUAUUUGGUCGCAAUUGGACAAAUUACUCGACCCGUCCACUUUUGUUGGUCGUGCCCCACAACAAACUGAAAAAUUCGUGAACGUCACUGUUGCAAACGCACUGGAACCAUACCGGUCGCUUAUCAACGAGGAGCACGUUCAAUUGGCUGUCUAG